GGUAGCUGCUUGGCCCCAGCGGCUCGCGGCCCAGCCCAAAGGGCUCCCUGUGAGCCGUGGCCUGCACUCCCCGUCCCCGGAGCCCCCUUCCUGGCUGCCCUAAUUCUGUCUCCAUUUCUCCUGCAGGAUUCCAUGUUUUCGCUGGCCCUGAAAUGCCUUAUCAGUCUGUCUACCAUCAUCCUCUUGGGCUUGAUCGUCGCCUACCACACGCGAGAAGUCCAGCUCUUCGUGAUUGACAAUGGCGCGGACGACUGGCGGAUAGCCAUGACCUGCGAGCGCGUCCUGCGCAUCAGCCUGGAGAUGCUGGUGUGCGCCAUCCACCCCGUCCCCGGCGAGUACAAGUUCUUCUGGACGGCGCGCCUGGCCUUCUCCUACACGCCGUCGCGGGCGGAGGCCGACGUGGACAUCAUCCUGUCCAUCCCCAUGUUCCUGCGCCUGUACCUGAUUGCCCGCGUCAUGCUGCUGCACAGCAAGCUGUUCACGGACGCCUCGUCCCGCAGCAUCGGGGCGCUCAACAAAAUCAACUUCAACACCCGCUUCGUCAUGAAGACCCUCAUGACCAUCUGCCCCGGCACCGUGCUGCUGGUGUUCAGCAUCUCGCUGUGGAUCAUCGCCGCCUGGACCGUGCGUGUCUGCGAAAGGUACCACGACCAGCAGGACGUGACCAGUAACUUCCUGGGUGCCAUGUGGCUCAUCUCCAUCACCUUCCUCUCCAUCGGUUACGGGGACAUGGUCCCACACACGUACUGUGGGAAGGGCGUCUGUCUCCUCACCGGCAUCAUGGGUGCGGGCUGCACUGCCCUCGUGGUGGCCGUGGUGGCCCGGAAGUUGGAGCUCACCAAGGCGGAGAAGCACGUGCACAACUUCAUGAUGGACACUCAGCUCACCAAACGGAUCAAGAACGCCGCGGCCAACGUCCUUCGGGAGACGUGGCUGAUCUACAAGCACACGAAGCUGCUGAAGAAGAUCGACCACGCCAAGGUCCGGAAGCACCAGAGAAAGUUCCUGCAAGCGAUCCACCAACUGAGGAGCGUCAAGAUGGAGCAGAGGAAGCUUAGCGACCAGGCCAACACCCUGGUGGACCUCUCCAAGAUGCAGAACGUCAUGUACGACCUGAUCACGGAGCUCAACGACCGCAGCGAAGACCUGGAGAAGCAGAUCGCCAGCCUGGAGUCCAAGCUGGAGCACCUGGCGGCCGGCUUCAGCUCCCUGCCCCUCCUCAUCGCCGACGCGCUCCGCCAGCAGCAGCAGCUCCUGUCUGCCCUCGCUGAGGCCCGGGUGGGCGCGGCGGGCACCCCGCACACGCCCCCGCCCUCCGACAGCCCCCUCGGGGUCAGCUCCGCCUCCUUCCCGACCCCGUACACGAGCUCCAGCAGCUGCUAAAUGAACGCCCGCUCCGGAAGCGGAACCCAUAGGUCUUAAGAUGCAAAUCGACUCUGUCCUGGUCACUGCGCCAUCAAGGAACGAUCAGACCAGGGAGCGCAAAGAAGAGAGACCGGCUAAUUAAGUAGCUCCCGUUCGUUCGGCGUGCUUGGUUGGAUACGCCUCGAAACCGGAAAUCUAAUCUCUGUUUAGGUGCCUCCACUUGGGAGCGGGAAGACGGGGGGACAGGAAGCGGUGGCGCAGAACAGAAAUCCACGCGCGAUCUCCGGUCUCGCGCGGGAGCGGGGGGGGGGGGGGCAGACAGGUGCACGGAAGGGGCCAACGGGGAAGGAGCCCAGAGGAGGGUCCCCCGGGGCGGUGUCAGGCUUGGGCGUGGGCUCCUCACCGGGUUCCUGGGCACACCCCUCUCCUUGCCUCUGGAUGACACCGGCCAAAACAGGCGCUGUCUCCUCUCAUGCCGGAGUCAUAAAACCCAAUUUAGACAAAAAAAAAAAAAGUAAAAAGCCAGAUUUUCCAUCCAAUAUUAAUACCCAUAUAAACCUGUGUGUUUGCACAUCUGUGCACGCACACACCCCACAUUCGACCCAGGUCUUUUCUCGUUUGAACUUGACCCACUAGAAAGGGACCCGGUACCUUACUGUGCACACAGUAGGCGCUCUGUAAUGCACGUGGAGUUGGCUUGAAUCUGAAUGUGGGUGCUUUCAGCUCAGGGGGUUUGCUAGUGUCGGGCAUAUUCUGAGCUUCCCUAAAGACGCAGGCUAGAGAGGGCACCUCCCCCUGGGGGCGCACCCCGCUUGCUUGGCUAGAGAUGAACGCCCAGCCAGACUUGUUGGCAUUCCGGAGGGAUGAGCAGUCUUCUAAAAAUAACAGCCCCACAGAGUUUCCUCCGUAUAUCUGAGCCAGCCGUGUUCCCAUGGAGCACGUGAGGGCAGGGCACGGGGUCCCUGCACGUGGGCGCACGCACGCGCCAGCAGGUGCAGCCCAGUGACACCUGAGUGAGGACCAGCACGUCCGGGGCUUUGCUCGGCUGCGUUCACGCAGCUGCAGGGCUCCAGCCCCAGGUGUUAGGAGCGCAAAGGGGCCCAAGUCCCUACCUGGGGGCCACCGAGCUGGAAGAAGUGGAGGGGGGGGCCGUGGUCCCUUCUACCUGGCCUGAGACCGCCUCAAAGCGAAAGAUUCUGAGAAUAACGGGACCCUCAGGGAGCCCUGUGGGCCGGGACAGAUGACGCGGGCUUGUCAGCAGCCUGUUCUGCGCCACGGUGAUCUUGGUGCGAAAACUACUCGAAUGUGUCUCAAACUCCAAGAAACUUGAGAAGCGUGAAGACCCAGUGUCGUGACAGGCGCUGGGAGGCGAGGCGCGUGGACGCGGUCCCUUACUACUCUGUGUCUGGCCACCACCCGUGUGCUGUGACGCAGCCGUCACGUGCCCCGUCACCGCUCCCGUCGUGAGGUCCUCGACUUCGGCUGCGGGGCGGCGAACGACACCGUUCGCGGUAUCCCGUCUGUUCAGGGAAGGGUGUCAUUUGCAAACGGUCGGCCUCCCUUUGCGCAGGACAUUGUCACGUCUCUGACGUCCUGACAUCAACUGGGCCGGGCCUUCUAGGGACAAGGGAGUCACUAGAUGGCAGGAGGCGGGUGACCCUGGAACCGGGCAAGAUCGGGCGUCUUGCUAACCUUCCCCUUUUCUCUCUUUCUGUUGCUGCCAUUUUCCCUAAACGGGCUUGUUCUCCUCGUGGUAACCGGAGAACACGUCCGUUGGGUGUUUUGCGUAUCACACCUGCCGCCCCUGCUGUUGGCUCUUUCUUUUUCUACUUGUUCUUUUAACUGUCAGUCAUCUGACAGAUCACCCUCCUUUUUCGUGUCCCA